AUGGCAGAAGCGCUUGCGUUUGUGGGUGGAGCUUCCGCACUUAUCACCAUCUCCAAAGACUUUCUACGCGCUGGGAAGAAACUCAGGUAUUACGGAAGGACUCUCAAGCAUGCCAAAGAAGAGAUUAAGGCAGUAGAGGUUGACACAAUGACCUGCGGUAACAUCCUGGUUCUAUUCAACAACGCUCUUGAGGAGGACUCGUCGCCCAUGGCCGCAAAAAUAAGGAAUUUGGAAAUCGACAGGAAUCUGCAGAAGAGAAGCAGUUCGCUGCUACAAAAGAUACAGAUGAUUCUCGAGAAGCGCCUGCGGCCGAUGAGCAAGAAGCACAACCCGGGGGCGCUGCAGCGUCGAGCGGCUCAGUGCAUGUGGCUAUUCCAGAAAAGCGAAAUCAACGAGACUCUGAACGAGCUAGAGAGGGUUAAGGCUUCGGUACAGAUGUGCAUGGGUCUUGUCAUAUAUGCGGCUCUGAAGAACAAAGCGAGCCAGAUGGCCGUCAUACCGCCCGAGUUGGACGACCGACUGUAA